AUGAAACCUACUGGUGUGCCCUACGAAAAAAUCUACCAUACGUCGGCUUGGUUUUUAGCUGUAGCGGCAUGCACAUUUUUUGUUUCAUUAGCUCAAUCGUGGUGUACUAACAUUAGUUCUUCACGUCAAGUAAAGUAUAUUAGACAGCGUUUAAUUCAGGCAAUAUUGAGUCAAGACAUAGCAUGGCUGGAUGAACAUAAUAUUGGAGGCCUUAUGGAUAAACUGACUGAGCAUACAACUAAUAUACGUCUUGGUGUAGGAGAGAAACUGAAUGAAUUCAUUCAAAACAUCUCAAGUUUCGUAUUUAGCCUAUCUAUUGCAUUUGUAUGUGGUUGGAAGCUUAGUUUAGUCGCUUGUGCAACACUACCGUUAGUGCUUACUGGCUUUUCUCUGUUUGGUACUUUCGCAAGACGUUUCACUCAGAAAGAGCAUGAUGCAUAUUCCAAGUGUAGUGCAGUUGCAGAGGAGGUGUUGAGUGCAAUACGGACGGUGAUAGCUUUUGGUGCUGAGAGUAAAGAGGUUAUUCGUUACAGCAGUAAUUUGGAUGAAGCUGCUUCGUUUGGCACAAAACACGCUGGUUAUCUUGGAUUCGCUGGUGGUUUUGUUGGAAUGUCGAUAUACGCGUCUGCAGCUUUAGUAUUUUGGUAUGGAGUGACAUUAAUUCGACAAGAUAAUUAUGAUCCAGGAUCUGUAAUUCUAUUUUCAUCAGUAAUCAUCUAUGGAUUUGUAAAGACAUAUCAAAAACGCGCCAUAAUUGAUUAG